AGUGAACACCAGGUCCACAGCAUAACGAAAUGGUGUCCAGUAAAGUAGUGUGUUUAGUGGCGCUUGCCCUUUUUGGUAGCGCGGUGGCUCAACCACCCAAGCAAGCCUUUUGGAAAGGCACUCCUAUGGACGGCAUGGUAGAGGAGAUGAGAUCUGGUUGCGCCGAAGGAUCUGAUCCCACUGCCUGUAUCAAAUAUAAGGUUAUGUCUCUAUUGGACUCCAUCUUCAAAAAGGACACGUUCCAGAUCUCCGAAGCCGUCGAAGUCACUAAGAACGAUGCCGCCAAUGACGUCACUGGCCGCUCCGCUGGAGACUUCUUCGACAACGUAGAAGGUUUCAUCCAAUCCCACGAUGUGACCUUCCAAAUGCCAAUCGCUGACACCAAAGUCACUGUCAGCCCCAGAAACCUUGACAAUGAUGAGAUCAGCCUGAACAUCAAGUUCAACAAAGAUGGCGCACGGUCGGUCGGUGAAGCCCGCAAAGCCAAGCUAAAGAAAAUCAUUGUACCUAUUCUGGUAUUCGUACUUCUCAAGGCCAUGACCCUCAUCCCUCUGGCUCUUGGUGUUCUCGGAUUGAAGGCUUGGAACGCGCUGCAACUCUCCUUCUUCUCUUUCGUGGUAUCCGUUGCCUUGGCCAUCUUCCAACUUUGCAAGAAGUUUACCCAGAUUGCGGCCGACAACUCACACCCGCAGAUCGCAGCUCAUGGCCCGUGGGAUGCCGCCUACGCCGCUACCCGCCGCCGACGUGAUGCUGAACCCCAGGAGCAAGCACAAGAAAUGGCUUACAACGCAUACUUCUGAGUCACUAAUACACCUGAAUCGACGACACGAACCGAUCAACGUGGCUGCAAAAUAUUUCAUUUUCGAAGCCGCCGCAAACGAGAUCGGCUACAGACCAAAAAUAGAAAAAUGUUUCAUUGGAAACUGAAUGUAAAUACUAUGUAAAACUUAGCAACUUAUUUAUUGAAAUUAAAUGCGAAUGAGAGAUAGUGUGAAUGUGAUGGAUGGAUGUUAAUAUUUUAUGUUAAACAAUAAACUCAUUGAAUAAAAAUUCAC